AUGGCCCUUCCGAGCGCGGUCUGGGUCACCGUCUAUGCGUUCCUGGAUGGAGACAGCCUCGUGUACGUGGGCUGCGCCUCGAGGCAGCACCGAGAGAGGCUCCGGGCGCAUGUCCGUCGCUGGAGGCAGAUCCAGUGCGGGCUAGGCCUCGGCAGUUGGCUGCGACGCGAGGCAUGCCUGACCAUCGACACCUGCGCCCAAGAAGCACAGAGCCACGCCAUUCGCCGCAGCGACGACGCUCGCGUGCCACCCCGCGUCGAAACGAGCUGGGUCGAGCUCGGACCUAUUGCGCCGGAGCGAUCACUCCACCGCAUGACCACGCCGUGCUAUGCCGGCGCGUCUAUGAUCGUGUUGACAUUUGACUGCCGACACGUCCAGCCUGCACCGAUGCUACUGCACACGACGAGUCAUGCGCGAGCGCUCUACUCGUCGCUGUCUUUGUCUGUCCAAGGACGGUCGCUCCGGCAGCACGUGUACCACAAGACAAUGGGCGACCUGACGACCGUCUCGGUGGCGGACAAGCACGCAAUGACGACAGCGGGUGACGUCUAUCAAUGCGACGUCGCGUCGACCGACAAGUCGAUUCAGCUGCAGCUUGGCCUCCCGUCUCGGCUCGACGGCAUGGUCGACUGCUUCCACAUCGAGCGCGUCACCUUUUUCUUGCACAAGCACGAACUCUUUCCCUCUGUACACCGCAGCGUCGAGGCUUCGUCCGACGUUGUGCUUGCCGAGCUGGCGUUCUUUGACGUCCGUCAGCGAACGUGUCAGCUGCGAGUGACGGUGCCGUGCCGCCUUGCACUCGAGGCCCCUGCGGCUCCAUCGCCAGCCACCCGCAGCGCGGGGACCGACACCGAAUCCUUUGAGAUUCGAACCUUCUCCAGCCUUUCGCCCACACCCGUAUCCAACGUCGCUGCGCUGGACACGCCGGGGUUGGUGAGCCUUGUGCUUCGAACGUCUCGUCGACGGAAGAGCUACUACCACGCAGUCUUUGGGCACGGUGGUGGCCAGCGCCGGACCGGCGCGACCAAGCUCAUUUCAGCUUCGUGGGUGCCGGGUGUCUUGACUUAUGCUAUGCACCCGGGAAGUACGACCCGCCGCGUUCUCAAAGGCCGGUUCACGUGCGAGUACGCAUCUGAGACAGGUGCGCUUGCAUCGCUCCAGAUCAUUGCGCAGCACUUGCGACCAGAGCGGCUGGAGCGGUAUGCAGCGACGCUGACGUCGUACACGGCAUGA